CUGAACUGGCGGUCAGGGUACCUGGUGUGCCGGAGGAGGCCAGCACGCACUGAGGCGGCCAUGGGACUGCUGACCGGGGAUGCUCUGGGGCCCCUGGCCAUAGCCGUGGCCCUCUUCCUGCUCCUGGUGGACCUUCUGCACAGGCGCAGAUUCUGGGCUGCCCGCUUCCCGCCAGGCCCCAUGCCGCUGCCGCUGCUGGGCAACCUGCUGCAGAUGGACUUCCAGGACACGCUCUUCUACUUCGACCGGCUGCGGCGCCGCUUCGGGGACGUGUUCAGCCUGCAGCUGGCCUGGACGCCCGUGGUCGUGCUCAACGGCCUGGAGGCCGUGCGCGAGGCAUUGGUCUAUCACAGCGAGGACACUGCAGACCGCCCACCUAUGCCGAUCUACGAGCACCUGGGGUUCGGGCCGCGCUCCCAAGGGGUGUUCAUGGCGCGCUACGGGCGCGAGUGGCGCGAGCAGCGGCGCUUCGCCUUGUCCACCCUGCGCAACUUCGGCCUGGGCAAGAAGUCACUGGAGCAGUGGGUGACCGAGGAGGCCUCGUGCCUCUGUGCAGCCUUCGCCGACCAUGCCGGACGCCCUUUUAGCCCCAGGGCGCUUCUGAAUAAAGCCGUGAGCAAUGUGAUCUCUUCCCUCACCUACGGGCGCCGCUUCGAGUACGACGACCCGCGCCUCCACAAGCUGAUAGACGGAGCACUGAAGGGACUGCAGGAGGACAGCGGCUUCGCGCGUGAGGCCCUGAACUCCAUCCCUGUGCUCCUGCGCGUCCCGGGACUGGCUGACAAGGUCUUCUCAAGCCAGAAGGCCUUACUGACCCUCCUGAAUGAACUAGUCCAGGAGCACAGGAUCACCCGGGACCCAACCCAGCCACCCCAAGACCUGACUGAGGCCUUCCUGGAUGAAAUAGAAAAGGCUAGGGGGAACCCCGAGAGCAGCUUCAAUGAUGAGAACAUGCUCAUGGUGACAGCCGACCUGUUUCUUGCUGGGAUGGUAUCCACCUCAGCCACGCUGACCUGGGCCCUCCUGCUCAUGAUCUUGCACCCGGACGUGCAGCGACGCGUCCAACGGGAGAUAGAUGAAGUGUUAGGGCCGGUGCAGCGACCAGCGAUGGCGGACCAGACCCGCAUGCCCUUCACCAUGGCCGUGAUGCAUGAGGUGCAGCGCUUUGGGGACCUCGUCCCACUGGGCAUGCCCCACAUGACAUCCCGAGACAUUGAAGUACAGGGCUUUCUCAUCCCCAAGGGGACAACACUUAUCACCAACCUAUCGUCAGUGCUGAAGGACAAGACGGUCUGGAAGAAGCCCUUCCGUUUCCACCCCGAGCACUUCCUGGAUGCCCAGGGCCAAUUCGUCAAGCAGGAGGCCUUCAUGCCUUUCUCUGCAGGCCGCCGCGUAUGCCUCGGGGAGCCCCUGGCCUGCAUGGAGUUCUUCCUCUUCUUCACCUGUCUGCUACAGCGCUUCAGCUUUUCCGUGCCUGUGGGGCAACCCCGGCCCAGCGACCAUGGUGUCUUUUCCUUCCUGAUGAUCCCACCCCCCUACCAGCUCUGUGCCGUGCCCCGCUAGGAGGAGGAACCAGCCCCCCAACUGGCUCCUCAGCAGGGGCCCUGAUAUGCAAUAAACCAGUUUGGCGGUUCCA